AACAUUCUACUAUGAACAUUAAAAGUGUUAUGAUUUCUUAUAUGAAACACUCCAUCCGUCUCGAAAAUGUAAAGUGAUUAAGAGAGUUUUUCUAUGUUCUAAAAUAGUUCCAAAAUAUAAAAUAUUUUUAAAAUUCUAAAUAAUUUUUAAAUUUAUCAAAUACUUCAUAACCCAUUGUAUUUUAUAAUAGUUUGAAGUGUUUUUAAUUUAUAGUUUUGAUAAUAGUUUUUAGACAUAAAUUUAUUUUUAGUAUCUGUACUUCAUUUAAUACAAUAUAUAUUUUAAAACAAAAAUAUAACAUUUAUUCAGUUAUAUAUGUUCAGGAGCCACAAUUAAAAUAGUUGCCUAGCUGAACUUGUCUUUCAUCAAUAUUACAUAAUCAGGAUGGAUCAAUAAGAUUAUAUUUUUAUCCUUAAUUUAUAAUGGUUUGGAUACCAGGUUUUUAUUUUCAAAUUUCAAUUUAGAUUUCUGAUGGUGCAUUUAGAAAACAGGUGAAACGAAAGGGAAAUUAUAAAUCAUUGCAAACCAACAACAGAUCAAGAGAUAUGAUAUGCCUGUAUAAAUAUCAGUGGUUUAACUUGAGUUAUUGAUGUGACAUUGUGAUUCAUAGAUAACUCGACAUACUGUAUGAUAUUAUUUUAUAAGCUUAAACGGAUACCGGUCUAGAUUGAAUACCUGACAUUGAACCAAAAUGUAAGGGGUUAAGACAUUUUCUUGCGAAGUCUUCAACAUCAUGCGCGUGAGGUAAGUGUACAAUAAGUUACGAGGUGAUGAACUCCCACAGUAUAUUAUUUUGAAAUGUUACAUUUCUUUACUGGUUGAUUUCCUUCCAACUUUCACACUUGAUUAAUAUUUAACAUUAGUUGUUUCUUCAUUUCAAUUGAAAAUUUUCUAAAUAAUUGCACAGUGAAUACUACCUCCAAAUAUUAACUUGCAGUAGUUCCCUUUUAGCCAGGCUUUUUAUGUCCCAUUUUAAUUAUUAACCUAUAUAAACAACCAUAAAGCCUUCCUCUUCCUCCUCAGGAUCAAAUCUCUCCUUCCAUCACAAAACCAAGAAAAAAAAACUCUCGUUGUUGUGGUCUCUUCUUCAAACCUCAAAAGAAAUGGAGUUAUUCACCAAUGGCAACACCGUUAAGUUGCGGAGCCAUCUUGAUAAGUUUUUAGUCGCCGAGAGCGACCAAAAACACAUCCGUCAAAGCCGUAAAGGAGGAUAUACACGGCUCUCCGUUUGGACGGUGGAGACCGUCGUCGGUAAACCGAACCUGAUCAGAUUAAAAAGCUGUCACGGCACGUACUUAACGGCGAGCAGUAAACCGUUACUGUUAGGUAUGGCCGGUGAGAAAGUGACUCAAACGCAGUCGUCUAACAACCCUAUGGAUAUGCAAACGCACUGGGAACCGGAGGGAAAUGGGGUGUCCGUGAAGCUGAAAUCUUGGUGCGGCAAAUGGAUGAGAGCUAACGGUGGAUCGCCGCCGUGGAGAAACUCCGUUACUCACGACGAGCCUCAUACGUCGAGGACCAAGAACUGGUUGCUUUGGGAUGUUAUUGCCGUUGAUGGUCUUGAUCUUGGAAACAUGUCUGAUGGAUGUGAGAGCUCUCUUUCUUCUCCGGUUUCCCCAAGUCUCUCCCGUUUGGGUUUCUGGUCAGCGCCCGGGUCGCCCGUUUCUGCGGUCAGGUCAAAGAAGAGUUUAGGUCGGCUCACUUCUUUUGGUUUACGUGCAAUGUCUCCGAGGUGGUCCCCAAAACUUAGCAUGACUAUGUUCAAGCAAAAAGAGAAGACGUGGAGCUUCAACGAAAACGAAGCGGUAUCAGCAAUGGAUAUUUUUCAGAAGGCAAAAGCUAUUCGAAUACGUAGCAGCCACAACAAGUUUCUAGCGGCGGCGGACGACGAAGAAACAGUGUUUCAGAAAAAAAAGGGAUCAACCAAAAACGCUCAGUGGACCGUCGAACCCGUUUGCGAUUCGGCUCAUGUCAUCCGUCUUAAAAGCUGUUACGGCAUAUACUUAACCGCUUUGAACGAGCGGUUCUUACUCGGAGCUAAAGGGAAGAGAGUGAUUCAGCUAAUGCCGAUUCAACUCGAUUCAUCUGUUGAGUGGGAGCCGGUGAGAGAAGGGUCUAAGAUUUUGCUCAGGACGAGAAACGGUAAGUACCUCAGAGCUAACAGGGGACCUCCUCCGUUGAGAAAAUCCGUCACGCAUAAUAAACGUCAUUCGGCUACUCAGGAGUCGAUCUCGUGGGAGGUUGAUAUCGUCGAGAUCUUGAAGAAUCCUCUAUUCACGGAGGAGGAGAAGGAGUUUACUCCGCUGCCACAUAGGAAGCCGUCGAAAUCCCCGUUGUCAGUUUCGCAUUCCAUGACUCCACCUUUCCUCUCAGACAUGCAUGAUACAUAUCCUGAUGAGUCUCCAUCAAAAUCGGAUGGUAUGGAGUCUACUCCAUCCUCAAAGAAGAUACCGCGGCAUAGGAAGCAGUCUUCGAAUCCGUUUUCUCAUUCAGAUUCAGAUUCUGAUGAGUCUCCAUCGAAACUGGAUGAACGAACCAUCAGUUAUCAUUUUAAUCAUCCGUCUACUCCGUCUUCAAAGAAAACAUUACAUCCGCCACCGCAUAGGAAGCCCUCGAGUUCUCCUCAUUUGAACACUUCUUCUUCUUUUUCAGACAUAUCAAAUUCAAAUUUUGAUGAGUCUCCAUCGAAAUUAGAUGAGCAAACCAUCGGUUAUGAUCAUAUUAAGCAACCAUUUAAGGCGGAGAUGAAGUCUACUCCGUCUUCGAAGAAGACGAUGCAUGUGUCACUGCAUAGGAAGCCAUUGAAUUCUCCUCAUUCGAAAACUCCAUCUUCUCUUUUUGACAAAUCAGAGUCAGAUUCUGAUGAGUCUCAAUCGAAAUCGGAUGAGCAAACUACUACCAAUUAUCAUUUUAAUCAUCCACUCAAGAAGAAAAUGAAGUCUACUCCGUCUUCAAAGAAAACGAUGCAUCAGCUGCCUCGUUGGAAGCCGUCAAAUUCCCCUCACUCGAAGACCCCAGCUUCUCAUUCAGACAUAUCAAAUUCAAAUUCUGAUGAGUCUCCAUCGAAAUCGGAUGAGAUCGGUUAUUGUAAUAAUCAUCCAUUCAAGACGGAAAUAAAGUCUAUUUCAUCUUCGAAGAAAACGACGCAUUUGUCGCCGCAUAGGAAGCCGACGUCAAAUUCUCAUCAUUUGAAGACUUCGUCUUAUAUUUUCGAUAUAUCAGAUUCAGAUUCUGAUGAGUUUCCAUCAAAAUUGGAUGAGCAAACCGUCGAUAAUCAUGGUAAUCAUCAUUUCAAGGCAGAGAGAAAGUUUACUUUGUCUUCAAAGAAGACGAUGCAUCCCCCACCGCAUAAGAAGCCAUUGAAUCCUUAUCUGAAGAGUCCAUCUUUUCUUUUAGACAUAUCAGAUUCAGAUCGUGAUGAGUCUCAAUCGAAGUUGGACGUGCAAACUAUCAGUAAUCAUAAUAAGAAGCCUCCUAUGUUGUCCAAGAAGAAGCUGCAGCCGCCGCCACAUAGGAAUUUUUCAUUGCCAGUUUCACAUACUAGCACUCGGUAUUCUCUUUCAGACAUAUCAGAUACAGAUUAUGUUGAAUCUCCACUGCAACCGGAUGGACGAACAAUCUAUUAUCGUAUAGCUGAUGAAAGACACGUGGAAGACAAAUCCACUGGUGGAUAUAUUUUCUCGUUUAAAGGAACCACCGUGGUAGAGCUUACGCAAAUGCUACGAGAAGAAACAUGCUUGGAAGAUGUUGUGGUGUGCACUCGCAGUCCCUUAAAUGGCAAGUUGCUUCCCCUUCGUUUGCAACUUCCUCCUAACAACGAAACACUGCAUGUCGUUCUAGUACCCUCCAGUGGUAGCUUCUAGAGAGACGUGAGUAAUUCAAUUUUUACUUUAAGCACUCAUAUGGAGUUACUGAAUCUUUGACUUGUUUGUUUGUUAAAUUCAUCAUUGUCAAAUGAGUGACUGGCCUUUUGUGUGGUGAAGUUUUUGGUGAAGCAUAUGAUAUGAGCCUUAUAAGAAGUUAAUAAGAUAAUAAUAAUUGGUAGUUGGUACAGAAUUCAUGGUCACGGAGAUAAAAGUCGGCGUCGCUUUUGAGCAUUAAUCAAUCUUAGUACGAGAUAAAAACAUAGCAAUAGUUUUGAUAAUUGAAAAAAUUUAAUAACAUUUUGGGGAUAUAGUACAACUUGUUUAAUCAUCUAAAAUUGUUCACCAAACCACUAUGAAAACGAGUUUAAUCUUGUGAAAACAAGUGCAAUCUAAGAGCAUGAAUGGCUUCAUUCACUAUGAAAAAGUUUCCCAAAGAUUUUCUAUCCUGGAAGAGAGUAGAGAUUUUGUGUCUCUACAUAUGGGUCGACCUGAUCUCCCUUUGCCUCUUUUCGAGAAGGUACUUCAAAUGUUGAUCAAAAUGACAGGUACUUCAUGAUUCAAUCAUUAUCUUUAGUUUACUUCACUUGGUUAUAACUUAGUAGAUUCUACCGGAGAAUCAAGAACAAGACUAUGUUUAUGGUAUGCUUGCAUUCCCCUUAUUGGAGCUUGGUCAUUUAACGGAACCUGAGAAAGCUGCUAGGAAAGGGAAUGAGAUCAACAAAACAACUCUUGGGCUCAUCAAUGCGUGAGUUUCAAACGUUUAUUAUCCUUAUCUUUUUGUUGUUACGUGGUAUGCAAGCUUUUCAUUUGUGUGUUUUGGGGUGUUGUGUCAUGUUCUUCAAACUGAAUGUCGGUUCAACAAUGCAGUAAAAUUCAUGAAAGGAUGGUCAGCUUCAUGGGAUUGUUGCUUUUCCUUAAGGUGCAAAUUCAUUUUUAGACAAAUCAGAAUUACAUCUUCUGAUCAUCUCAAGAAACUUAUUAAAAACACCCAAACAUUUGCAACGUUUCAACUAGGUAUUCACAUAACUGGUGGCAUGUCACUGUCUGUUACUUGGUAGGAGGUUCUCUCAUAAGUAAAGUACAAGAAAUAUAUGAUAAUCAAGUAAGUAGUAUCUAUCUUUACCUUGCAUUUUUAUACAUUCAUUUGGACUUCUUCUGAAGUUUGCGCGAUUUCAAUGUUCAGGCAAUAUGGUACCAAGAGUGGCUUUUUGACAUUACAACAAUUUGGGCGUUGAUUAAAGUUGGCAACAUCUCCCGGUCAGUGCCACUCUCUUUUCUGACAUUUUGUUCAAAUGAAAGUUUUGUUUAUUGACUUAUCAUUUGACGCAUCUAAUUAUGACAAACAUGUAAUAAUCAUAAAAUGAGCAAGAAGAGACAAAAGUUGAUGCGGAAGGCGAUUUAGUUCGUUCUUGUUACUCAUGAGUUAUAACUAUUGGGAUUAUUUGAGUUUUUUUAUAUAUCAUAAGAUCGUCUUUCUUAGUUUACGUCAGCUUGCUGAAGCUGUUUAUGAAUAUGGAAAAGGAAACUACAAAAGAGCUCUAGAACUGCUCGGUCCAAAUUAACUUUGACGCUGCUGACCAUAAGGUAACACAUGAUCUUGGAUUGAUAAGAUAUAUAUCAUUUAUCAAAUCAUUACAUAUUGAACAAAACAAUGAUUUGGCCUUUUUCUUGGGUUUGGAAUAGGUGAUUGAGGCA